GCAAGAGGGAGUUUUGACUACGCUGGACUUUGAGGACUUGAGUGGAUCUGCUAUCUAUGCGGUUGAAGAUGGGAUCUAUUUUAUUGCUUACUCUAUGUGUGCUGGCUUCAAUGCUGCACACAAUAAAUUGUGCUGAAGGCGCUUUGUGGACCACAGUGAGGCACCACGACAAGUAUUACCUUUCAACAUUCAAUGACGAACAGUGGGUGCAGUACGACGUGGCAAGCAGGGCCUGCGCUUUCCACGGCCAACGUCUCUUGUCCGAGAGUGAUAUGCCUGAGUCAGUAUUGAAAAGCCUUCAACUUCGCGACGGUGCAUAUUUCCUUGACGGCGGCAAGAAGUUCGUGGUACAAAACUACGAGGAAGGAUCAAACCGAUUGAUCCUGGAGAUUUUCAAACUCUACCCUGGUGCUAAGAGACAGAUAUUAUGCAUUCAGAUCUGCGAUCAUGGGCAACUUGUGAAGGGGCGCUGCAUCUGCCAAGACAGGUACUUCGGCGAAACGUGCGAAAAAUCACGUGAUUAUUACUAUUUUUGUGAUGCCAAAAGAUGGCUUUAUAUGGACACGAAGGAUAAAGUGGUUUACGAUUUUGCCAAGAACUUUUGCAAUAUUAGAGGCGCCAGUAUACCUACCGACGCCGAGGAAACCUGCAUGACGGAGCUUGCCACCCAGGUACACAAACACAUAGGACAAGUACAUUUCUGGGCUACUAGACUAGCUGAUGGGAGUCCGCUUGCCUUUAAUGGACAUGGUGUGCUUGCUCCUGCGAUCCCUACGCACAAAUUUAAUAUAGCCUGCGUUGACAGGAGGGGUGAAUCUCACUAUGCUUGUGAUGCCAACAGAGUGCUUUUUAUGCACACGCGGGAUUUAGUGCUGUACGAUAUAGCACAGAACUUUUGCAAUAUUAGAGGCGCCAGUUUACCUACCGUCAACGAGGAACCCUGCAUGAAGGACCUUUCUUCCCAGUUACAUAAAACCGAAGGAGACCUAUAUUUCUGGACUACUAGACCAGCUGGUGGGAAGCCGUUUGCCUCUAAUGGAGUUGAUGUGCUUACUUAUCAAAAGCCUACGGACAAAUUUAAUGUAGCCUGCGUUCAGAGGAGGAUUUGUAUACGGCCUAAGGAUCCAGCUCAUGGGUCUUACAGCAACGGUGUAUUCCUUCAACAAGAAUUGCUUGAUACGCUGACUUUGACAUGUAAACCGGGAUAUGAGGUUCAAGGUAACCCGAAGGUGACUUGCAUCACAGCGCCUUCCACUACUAGCCCACUACCUACAUGCGACACCUGUAAUCCAGGGUGUACGGGGGGACUGACGUGUGUUGACGGAACCACAUGCCAAUAUGUUAUGGUGCAUACUCCCAACCUGAUCAGCAUAUCCAUGCAGCAUACCUACCAAAAGUUGGGAGCAGAUGUGGAGUACUACGACCAGGCGGCAGACGAGUGGGUUGAAACGCAGAAAUUCACGUUUCUCGACACUCACUAUCCAAUCCGCAUUCUGAUGCAGGUCGGACACAAGGGCACGUAUUUCCGAUCGCGGGUCAGUAUGUUCCUCCCGGAGCGCUACACAAUUUCCCUCACCUCCACCGGCACCCCACCAACAGGCUACCCUGUGUACACCUGGCCAAUGUUCCCGUUUACCGCAUACGACGCUAAACGAGCAGAGGUCACCCUGUCUUUGCCGACGGUUAACCCCGCGGCAACACUGCACGUGGAGUUUGGUCGAGAUUACUCCGACAAGCCAUCGUCGAUCAUCACGUCGAUCACCACCACCGCCAGCACCGUAACACUAACAAAAGUCAAAGGAAAUGGGACCUUCUAUUUCCGCAUGUGUCUCGCAGCGAAAUGCAGUUGGAAAGUGACCUUCCAUAUCUCACCCGAGUCCUUGCAUUUCUGCAUGCUAGAAAGAUUCCGCGUCUCCGCCAACAGCUUUACAUUCGAUGCCGGCAGAAACUACUGCCUAGACCAAGGGGAGGUCAUGCUCACGUUUAACACGCUGCGCCUGGUCUCGCAGAACAACAGCUGUUUCCGCGAGAGUGUCAUCCGAACUCUCCGCAAUAAUGGACAUGAUAAGUUCUGGGUCUCUCAGGUUGGCUUCUAUGAUAAUUAUGAGGCGUACGACCCAGUGGCCAAUGAAGUGCACUACGACAGGGGAAUGAAUGCGGUCGUCUGCCACCGAAACAACUUGGACACGUGUUCGACUUGGACUAAUAGACCUUGCUCCCGGGAACAGCUGUGUCGUUCGACCAGCUUCACUACCCAAGUGUGCCAUGAUACGAUUAUUCAGAGGCCCAUCACUAGAAUGGAGCAUGGAAAGAUUGUAAAAUACUCGGUCCACUACGAGCUGUGGAAUGGAAACAUCAGAUACGGGUCUCGAAAUGAUGCAAUUCAAAAUUGCCGACUAAAUCAAUAUCUCCCUCCCCACGCUGGCCCCUUCCGAAUGGAGGAGUACGCCUCGUAUAACCACAUCUAUCUUGCCGUCAACAAGAUGCUCAAGGCGAUCGGAGUAGGCAUCGACGUGCUCGUCGACACCUUAACUCACACACCUACGCUUAACCGCGUAUACCGCACUUUCCGGUACACACCAGAAUGGGGCAUGACCAACUUGCUCACCAAGCCCGUUCCCACACAAGGCGUUAUCAUAUGCACCUCGCUUCACCGUAGUCCUUAGGCGAGGACAAGGAAACUGAUCAGUUCAGCUCAGCUUUUGCUUAUAUUUCAUCCCAUAACAAUUUUAAACAAUACAUCCCUGUCAGUUUGCCAUUUUUACUCAAGAGAGCUCGGUCAACAAUAAUGUUUGGCUUGCGUUUUCCAAUGACAAUUGUUUGAACAUGAAGAACAGGGAAAUCAGCCGCAAACUCCAGGCUUCAUUUGCACUGAUGUGCUAUUACUCAAUGUGCUUAAUGUGCUCAAUGUGCUUACUCAAUUACUUGUGCUUUCAGAACCUUUUGUCAUCAACAUCUGUGUGCCACCUUGGCCGUUUUUUCCCCUCAUUAUCCAUGCUGCCCUUGUGCUCCUGCGGCUUUUCACCGGGGGGUACUGAAAAAGUACCAACGGUAUUUUACGACAUGUAGUACGCAUACUCUCUGCAUUUACCACCCCCGUUUUGAUACACGCACUGCUAACCACUCUGAGGCCUGCAAAGAACACAGUCAUCUCUCCCACUAAUCAAGACUUACACACUGAUUUUCGCGCCUUUGGCUUUAACUAUUAUCCCAGGAAUGUGACCGUAAGGGAGCAUGCAUUAAUAAACUUCUU